CUAACAGAAACAGCUGUUCGAGCCGACACGUGCGUGUCUGUGCAUGCUGAUUCGUGCCUCAUGCAUUGUGAAAACAUAUUAAAAGUAAAACGCAUAUAAACGAAAAGUAAAAGAAAUCAACACAUUAUGCGACAAAAUACACCUCCGCAUCGACCGGACUUCGACUAUGCCGACGACGAAUCCCUCGAGGAAAUCGAUCUGGAUGGCGAAGCGCCGCUUGACGAUGAUGAUGAUGACAACGAUGAGCUGGAAAUGGAGGAAGUAACUUUGGAGCAGCUCGAAGCACGCCUGGGACUGCACAACAAUCCGGAGAAUGUCAUGGACGAUGACGACGGCGAGGAGGAGGAGAAUCGCGAACGCAUUGCGGCCAUUCGAGAUGAUGCAGUGCUCACAUUUCGCAAGCACACAGGGCCAGUCUUUGGCGCUCAUCUGCAUCCAAAGUUAAACUGGGCGGUGACCGGCGGUGAGGAUGAUGCUGCCUACGUGUGGGACACGGAGAAUGGCGAGGUGCUCUUCGAAAUAACCGAACACAAGGAUACCGUAACUGAAACACACUUCAGCCAUGAUGGCAACUAUUUGGUCACCGCCGAUAUAUCUGGCGAACUGUUCGUCUUCAAGGUAAACGAACAGCAGAGUGAGCGACCCCUUUUCCGAAAGGUCUGGGAAUACUCUAUGUUCGAUAUGGCCUGGCUGUUCUGGCAUCGGGGCGCCAACGUUCUUCUCGCUGGCGGCGACAGUGGCGAGGUAUACGUCUGGCGCAUUCCCAGCGGCGAAUGCAAAAUAUUACCAGGUCAUUCGGCACGCUGUGAAGCUGGGGAGCUGAGCAGCGAUGGCAAGAAACUGCUCACCGCCUACAUGAACGGGGUGGUGAAGUUGUGGGAUCUAAAGACAUGCCAAGUGCUAAUGGAGGUGAACGAGCAGCAUCCGUUGAGCUUUGAUGAAGUCACGCAUGUUGUCGUCGCCUGCGAGCCAGAUUCGCCCUUCUACGUCUGCGCCGAAGGUGGCGGCAAACUGCUUUUCUGCACGAACAAUGGACCCGUGAAUGUUGUCCAAUCCGAGCAUGGCAUCGAAUGCGUUGCCUUUGCGCCUGCCACAGCUGAGCUCAAAUUGUUGGCUUGUGGCUCGCUGGACGGACAGAUAUCGAUAUGGGACUAUUCCAAGUAUGCGCUGCGCACUGUCUGCGAAAGCCCCGUGCCAAAUGAUGGCGUCCUUUGUCUCAAGUGGUUGAACGAUUGCACUUUGCUGGCGGCGACCGCUCAGGGAAAUCUGAAUGCAUUCGAUGCACGAACCGGUGCUUUAAAAUUCACACUCACUGGACACUUGUACCACAUAUAUGAGUAUUCAUAUAAGCCUCAGGAGAAUUUAUUGUUGGCCGUGUCGGAGGAUACCACGGCGAAAAUAUUUAAAAUUCCCCCACUGGGUGAAUAGAUAGAAUUAAUUUUUGAAUAGGAUAUUGUAAAAGAAUAUGUAUUAAAUAUAUAUUUAAAAAUA